AUGGAUAGCGCUACUUCUCAGCAAACUGCAGAGGCUCUACGCUACUUGCAAGUCAAGGUACCCCCCCUCUUACAUCAGCCUGUCAUUGGUAUAAUAUGUGGAUCUGGUCUGAAGGGUCUGGCCGAUGUUGUGUUGCCGGAGCCACGAUUUGAAAUCCCAUAUGCGGAUAUUCCCCACUUUCCACAAAGUACUGUCCAUGGCCAUGCUAGCAAGCUCUUGUUCGGGAUACUCGAGCUUGGUGCUUUACCGGUUGUUUUGAUGGUUGGCAGGGUUCAUUUCUAUGAAGGGCACUCAAUUCAGAGUAUUACAUUUCCUAUCCGGCUCAUGAAACGUCUGGGCGUAGACACGAUCAUUGUCACGAACGCCGCUGGUGGUUUGAAUGAAGACUAUGGAGUAGGAGACCUCGUGGUCUUGAACGACCAUAUCAACCUUGCUGGCCUUGCUGGCAUACACCCGCUGCGUGGGCCAAACGCGGACGACUUUGGAGUUCGUUUUCCGGCUUUAUCGGAUGCUUAUGACCUUGAUCUGAGAAGACGCGCACACCAUUUGUGGAAGGAACUAAAUCGCGACGCAGGGAGCACUAGGCGCCUACAGGAGGGUACCUAUGCUUUCGUCGGAGGUCCCAGUUAUGAGACAAGAGCUGAAUGCCGCAUGUUGCGUAGCUUGGGCGCCGAUGUAGUCGGGAUGUCGACCGUUCCAGAGGUCAUUGUUGCACGGCACUGCGAUAUGAAAGUACUAGCAAUCAGUCUUGUAACCAACAAGGCAUUGCUCGAAGCCGGACCACGAGGGGAUAAUGUUCACAUCCAGGGCUCUAGUCGUCAAUACUUGAGAGAAGCCAUAGAGAAGGGUAAAGCAAAUCAUGAUGAGGUGCUAGAUGCCGGUGAGAAAGCAGCAAGAGAAGUUCAGGUGAGGAGAAGAUCUUUCAACCAAGGCGUCAUAAGCUAA